GAGUCGUGGCGCUGGGUCGGGAUCGCUGGGGCUGUUCGCUGCUCAGGUGCAAACAUGGGGUGCUUCACGUUCAUCAAGGUCAUGAUGAUCCUCUUCAAUCUGGCCAUAUUUCUCGGUGGUGGGACCCUUCUGGGCAUUGGUAUCUGGGUCUCAGUGGAUGGCAAGUCCUUCCUGGAUAUAUUUGGGACGCUUUCAUCUAGCAUCAUGCAGGUUGUGAAUGUGAGCUACUUCCUCAUCGUCAUUGGGGCCAUCUUGGUAGUGAUCGGCUUCCUUGGGUGCUGCGGUGCCCAGAAGGAGAGCAAAUGUCUCCUGAUGAUGUUUUUCUCGGUGGUGCUGAUCAUCUUCAUUGCUGAAAUUGCCGCUGCUGUGGUGGUUCUGGUCUACACAGGUCUUGCAGAGACAUUCCUGACAGCGUUGGUGACUCCUGUCCUGAAGGAGAAGUACGGGGAGGACGAUGCUCUCACACAGAUCUGGAAUGUCACCAUGAGUGAGGUCCACUGCUGUGGCCUGAACAACUACACAGACUUUGAGGGCUCCCCAUGGUACUUAGAGAACAACCACACCUUCCCAGGUCCCUGCUGCAAGUCUACGGUGCCGUGUACCAACAGACUUGCGGCACAGACCAAUGUCUCGGGUUGUUUUGAUCAGAUCCUAGAAGAAAUCAGGACAAACGCAGAUGUGGUGGGUGGCGUGGCUGCUGGCAUUGCUGCCCUGGAGGUUGCAGCCAUGGUGGUCUCUAUGUACCUGUACUGCUACCUAGACAAGAAGUGACCCUGCGAGACAGCAAGAAGCCAUACCCUCCCCUGCCCUGUGUUGGGGUGCUUCUAAGGGCCCCACCGCUCCCUGGGCCUGAUGCUGGCCCAUGCACUGUGAUUUAUAGCUGUGGUUUGAUCUACUGAGCUGGGAUCUGUAGAGUUUAUACGUUGUAUAUUUUUUUUUUGUACUGAUAUUGCACAAUGCAUCUGUACAUAGAGAUCUGUGUUGUUUUGGAGAGGGGAGCACUGGGUCUGAUCUGCUGAGGCCAGCAGGAGGUGGGGCACAGGCUGAGCUCAGGGCUGUGAAAUGGGCGCUGGCCUGGCCCUGCCCAACCCCUGUGGACAGGUGGCUGUGGUGCCUCUGCCAUGCUGACAUCUCCCUGUCCCCAGCCCUGUGCAUGGGGCUGACACCUGCACGCUGCUGGCCGGAGCCCUGCUCUGUGCUGCCCCUGCCCUGACAUGAAGCAUAGCUCUGCUCCUGCACCCUGCUGCCAUUUCAGCGUGGAUUUGUGCUGUAAAGGAAAAGAAGAAAUAAUAAUAAUAAUAAAAUAAUCUUGGAUAUAAA